AUGGAUUCGCGAAGAAAAUUCAGCUUGCAAUCAUUUCACCAUGCCGCUUUGAGAAAUGUGAAGGGAAUGCGCCACUGCUGGGAGUGUCGACGGCGAUGUUUAGUGUGUGAUUCUGAGGUACCUGGUUGCAAAAGAUGUCAUGCAUCGGGCAUCCAUUGUCCCGGAUAUGGCGACCGGAAGCCUACCAGGUUGAAAUGGAUCACGCCUGGGAGGAUAAGAAAUACCAUUACACCUAAAGCUUUGGUGGCGAAAUUUUACUUUUACUGGGGCCUUGCUGUCCGAUCACUCAACGAAUAUCUCACCAUCGAAGAUGGGCGUGCAGGCGAUACAGUUAUUGCUGGGAUAUUGACACUCUUACUCACUGAUGGAACAUCACUCAAUUGGCGAUGCCAUGUAGACGCCAUUUAUAAACUAAUCAUGUCGCGUGGCGGAUUUUACGCGGUGGCUGAAUCAACAAGUAUGAAGCCACUACUGCUUUGUUUCUGGUUUGUGUCAGUAAUUGGGAACACAACAUGCCCCGCGUCAGAUCUCUUUAUGACAACCUUACAACUCGAGGCUCUCAAGUUUGUGCCAGAGCAAUACAGCACUGUGGCAUCUCCCUUUCAAUUGUGUCCAGUACCACUGUUCAUUGAGAUUAUCAAGAUCAAUCACCUUCGCAUGCGGGCUACACAGCUUAAUGCCAUUGAUGCAGAGGCUCUCCAGAAGGAAGGCUACGAAAUCUUGGAGCGCAUUAAUUGUUUCUCGCCACAUAAAUUGGCAGAAUCUAAACGGUCAUCUCCAGGAGAUUGGGUAUUAGUAGGCCAAGUGUAUCAGGCUGCUGUGGCACUAUACUGCAUUUUAUCACUCCAAAGUCUAUCAAUACUUCCCGAGAUUCCAGCACUACGUAUCCAAUGCGCUACACAUGGAAAGGUGAUGGAAACGUUCCUGAGAGAGGCACUCGCCUCUAAAAAGUUGAAAAGGUUCAUGAUUUGGCCGCUAGUUGUACUUGGGGUAGAAGCCGUUCAUGGCGACGCGCCUAUACGUGACUUUGUUGCCAAAGAACUGACAGAACUCAGCCAGGAUGUUGGCACUUAUGUGCCACUCACAGCGAAGCGAGUUCUUGAAUUUUUUUGGGCCGCUGGAGAGACUCGCUGGGAUGCUUGCUUUGGUAGACCGUACGUCUUUACAGGGCAAAUUGCUGUGGACACAAGCGGCUUAAUGCCAUUCUACAAGUAG